UGCGUGAGAGCUAAGGAACAAAAUAAAUAAAUAAAAACAGAAAAGGAAACCUACGAACGUAAACAGCAUUUUGGAGUAGAAUUAAUUGACGGAGACCGUGACGGAACCUUUCCGUUUCUGUCGACAACGACGCCUCUUCAUGCUUCUUUCCUUAACUCACAGUAAUUACUCACAGUAGAGAGAGAAACUAGAGAGAGAAUCCAAAGUCGGGGAGUUUUUGUAUUUAAUGCCUUUGGCAUUUUUUUCCCAGCUGAUUUCGUGAUAAUGAUGUUUCAGCUCCAUUCUUUUUUAUUUACUCCCUAGAAAGAAUGCUGCUUCAUUCUCAGAAAUUACGGAAAAUUCAGCAAUGCAAGAAGAGAUAAUGAUGAUCCGAGAUGAAAGAAAGUCGGAGAUUGAAGUUUUUGAGGAUGAACCUAUCAGGAGAACCAGGAUCAAAAAUCUGAGGAAGAAAGCGGUGAAUGCAUCUACAAAAUUGGCUCAUGGAAUAAAGAAACGAGGAAAGCAAAUUGCUGAUUGUAAAUUUGCGGCCAUUACGAUUGAUGAUUUUAGGGAUGAGAAGGAGGAAGAAGCUGUUGAUGCUUUUCGUCACAUUUUGGUGGAAAAGGGCUUGCUUCCUACCCAUCUUGAUGAUUAUCAUACCAUGCUUAGAUUUUUGAAAGCAAGGAAAUUCGAUCUGGAUAAAACUGUCCAUAUGUGGGAAGAAAUGAUUAAAUGGAGGAAAGAAAAUGGAGUAGAUACUAUUUUACAGGAUUUCUACUUUGAAGAAUUUGAAGAAGUACAGCGACACUAUCCCCAUGGUUAUCAUGGUGUAGAUAGGCAAGGGAGACCUGUUUAUAUUGAACGAUUGGGUAUGAUUGAACCUAGCAAGCUAAUGAAUGUGACCACGGUGGAGCGCUUUUUAAAGUAUCAUAUACAAGGAUUUGAAAAGGCUUUUGCUGAGAAAUUUCCAGCUUGUUCUAUUGCUGCCAUGAGACAUAUAGACACUACAACUACAAUAUUGGAUGUUCAUGGAGUGAAUUGGAUGAACUUUGGUAAAAUUGCACUAGAUCUUAUUAAGCACAUGCUAAAAAUUGAUGGCGAUAAUUACCCUGAGACUCUGCACCAAAUGUUCAUUAUAAAUGCUGGUUCUGGAUUUAAGAUGGUGUGGUCUACUCUGAGAAAAAUUCUUGAUCAGAGGACUACCUCAAAGAUACAUGUUCUUGGAAGCAAAUUCCACAGCAAGUUGAUGGAAUGCAUAGAUUCCAGCCAAUUGCCUACUUUUGUAGGUGGGACAUGCUCUUGCCCUGGUGGCUGUCUUAGAUAUCAGAAGGGUCCAUGGAAUGAUCCAGAAAUAAUGAAAAUGGUGUAUGCACAAGAGAUGACAUACUUGAAGAGAACAAGUUCAUCUGACUGUGAAGAUUUAAAAACCAAGUUACUUGCUUGUAAGGCCAUGAAGAAUGACUUGGUUUUUACUGACAUGGUUCCCGAUUUAGAUGGCCGAAUUCCCAACACUGCAGCAGUACUGGAUGAUAAAGUAAGCAUUGGCGAAUCCUCUGCUGGAAACCUGGAGGAAGCGGUGUUUAACGAUGCUAGAGUUGAAGAUUUUAAUUUUACAAGUCAUGCUUCUGGCAGCAGUGUAGAAGCAAGGCCAACGAAAGUCAUUCCUCAUGAAAGAAGUUCAAUGACUGGCUUUAUAUUCAAAAUUGUUGUUUGUCUGCAUAUUAUAUUUCGGUCCUUUGGGAAACUUUGGGUACCGAGACGAGAAGAGAAGCAGCCAAUUCUGCAGCGGGAGCCUGUAGACAUUAGAGUUAGUCUUUCUAAGUGUGAGCCUUGUUUGGAGGGUCCAACUGCUGCUCAGAGGAUUGAUGAAUCUGCGCUUAAUCCUUAUUGGCAAAGACUUCAGCAUUUAGAGCAGUUAGUUACAGACCUCGUAAAUAAACCCACAAGAAUUCCUCCAGAUAAGGAGGACACAAUCGUUGAGUCCCUUAACAGAAUUAAGGCCAUAGAGCAUGACUUGCAGAAGACAAAGAAGGUCCUUUUUGCAACAGCAUCAAAGCAAGCAGAGCUUGCUGAAUCACUUGAAAGUCUCAAGGAAAGCAGCAUGCAUGGACAGCCAACAACCUGUUGGAGGAGAAGAUGGAAAUCUGCUUCUUCAAAUAAUCGAUAGGAUGAAGUCAAAAUAGUAAUAUUAUGUAGUUCUUGAUACUUCGACAUUGAUUUUGCUGACAGAGGUUGCUACGAAUUCUUACAGCUGGUCUUCUUUUUCUUUAUUGCUUCAACUGCUCGGAGUGGACUUCAGUACAAGUACAACAGUCAUUUCACAGUAUGCUGUGUGAAUAGCUAACUAAUUUUUCUCGUGUGAAUAGAUUGGCCAUACAAAUAUCAAAAGUAAAAAGUUUAAAUUAGUUUUGAGGGAAUGAUAGAAUAAAAAACCACCAUUUUCGACAAAAAACUCGGAAAUAACAGAAUGUUUCAUUCCAAAAAAUAACAGAAUGUUAACAGAGAUAUGGCCUAUUUUUGUACUAGAACUUGCAAUGCUAUAAAAGGUUAUGAAGGAAUUGAGGGAAAUUUCCUCUCUUACACGCUAGUACAGUUACAAGUGCAAUCUUGCCUACUUUUGUAGUUUCUAAUUUCUUCCAUAAUCGUUGGACAUUACUUUUUUUUUAAGGUGAACAUUGGCCAUUAUGCAAUUCCGCCAUAGUUUUCAUUUCAUACUGUGCAUUUGAUUUUGUUAAGUUUUAUAUGGGGUGUUUCAAUUUGUUGUUGGCUUGUUUGUCCAGUUGGAAAUGUUAGUGUUUUGUAGUUUUUAAGUUAGCUGAAAAAGCUAGUUGUUUGUGAAAAUGUUUGGUAAAUUUGAAUAUUGGCUGUUGGCUGUUUAUAAGAGAAAAAGUGGACCACAAAGUCAAAAAUCAACAAAAAAAAUAGCUGGAGUAGUUUUUUCAUUUUGGCCUAAAAGCCAGCUUUUCAGCUGCUUUAAAGCCAUUUACUAAAUACUUUUUUUAACUGUUUGACCAACCAAUAAGCCAAAAGCCAGCCAAAGAACAAACCUAAAAGCUAGAAGCCUAGAACCAAACACCCAAAAAAGCAUUUUAUUUUUUAUCAAUGAGUUCAUGUCGGUCUUUUAUAAUUUUAUUCA